AUGGUGAAGAUCUUUGUGGGAAACCUGUCCACAGAGGCCACGCAGGAGGAGCUGAAAGAACUGUUCGAGCAGUAUGGCAGCGUCAUGGAGUGUUCCAUCAUCAAGAACUUUGCCUUUGUUCACAUGGACGACCGCAAAGCUGCCGUUAAAGCCAUCAAGAACCUGCACCAUCACAUGCUCCACGGCACGCCCAUGAACGUGGAGGCCAGCCACAGCAAGAACCAGGGCCCUGUCAAACUACACGUGGCCAAUGUAGAGAAGGGCUGUGACAGUGAGCUGCUGGCCAUGUUUGAGGAGUACGGUACCGUUUCAGAGUGUGCCGUUGUCAAAAACUUUGCUUUCGUACAUAUGCCCAACUAUGACGAGGCAAUGGAUGCACUCAAGGACCUGGAUAGCUCAGAAUUCCAAGGCAAACGCAUCCAUGUGCAGGUUUCUAAAAGUCGGCCUCGGAACGAAGGCCCCGAAGACUUCCCGCCCCCUCCUCCCCCUGAUUACUGGGGCCCCUCUCGUUACCCAGAGAGGCCAGAGCUGCCCCCUCCCAGCUACAUGCGAGGCCGCUAUGCCCCCCCAGGUUACCACCCCCCUCCCCCCCUGCCGCCCCCUCCCCCCAGACGGCCCCUUUACGCCGAGCGUCCGUACGAAGGCGAGAGGGAUAGGUACGGCAGCGUAGUCGAUUACUAUGAGAAGUACAGGGCGCGUCCGUACGCCGCCUCGUACGCCGACCAGCGAGCCGCCCUCCCGCCGCCUCCCGCUCCCAUCGCACGGGACCCGUACGAGCGGCAGCCUCUGCCGCCGCCUCCCCCGCCGCCGUCGUACUACGCCAGAGACCGUAGCCCCAUCAGACGCCCGCCCGCCGCCCCCCUCCCACCUGCAUCUAACGGCUACGGCUAUGAGCGCUCUCGUGUCGCCCCCGGAUACGGCAGGGACCCCUACGGCGACAUACCUCCGCCUCCCGCUCCUCGAUACGCUUAUUAA